CUCGAAGAAAAUUUACUACUUAUGUAUUGCAUAGAACAUUCAUAGUACUUGUAGUAGUUAGACUUAAGAGUCAUAUAGCAAGUUGUAGAACAUUCAUGAUAUUUGUAGUAGUUAAGAGUCAUGUAGUAGAACCGAAAAGCUUCAUAAUCUAGAUGCGAUGGAGCUCCCUAUAACCCCCUCAUUUGAAAUCUGUCCAAUUUUUUAGAGUGAUAAACAAUGAACUACAAGUUGGUCUCUCUUGUCUUCUCCAUAUCUAGUGUUCCCUUUACAAAUAUUUCUUACUGCAAUUGGGCAUAAAUCUUUGUCGAUAAGGCCACAAGGAACAUGGAGGAAAUAAGUUUUGUGACAAGUGGUUUGACAGCGAGUCAUUCCUAUUGAAGCCGUGAAGAGGGAAAGCAACAGGAAUGUUGCUACUAUGCAGAACCUAAAGAAGGAUGUUUCUCGUGAGAGAUCCAAAUAUCAAUCUCAUCCAUGGAAACCCAUUUGACGACACACAAAUCAUGCUACUUAUGAAUGAAAUGAGUUCUUGCAUUGACAAGUGUUGUAACAUAUUUCAGGAUGCACUUCAUUGUAGAACUCCUGAUUGGAUUGUGAUAUUUAACGCUUUCUAAGUCAAAUGAGCAUCAGCUCCAUUAUUGGGGAAAAUUCCUGCUUGUCCUAACCAUGCCAAAGUCAUUGAGGUUUUCUGCUUUUCUGUUACAGUUGUGGCACCGAGGGUUGUCACAUAUGUUUCCCUUUGUAACAUGUUGUUAAAUGCAUGAGUUCCGCGUUGAAUUAUGUAGUCCUUGUAAAGCUGGAGCUCUUAGUAAAUAUCAUUCUGAGGAAAGGAUUGUGGCAUGGUAUCUCAUAUGGUUGGUCAAAAGGAAAGAUAAUGUUCUAGUGUUUAACUGCAAACCUAUAACAUACGUAUCUCUCUAUUAGAUAUUGUUGAGAUAUUUGCUCCUUGGUCCACAACUUUUUAGCCCAUCUCUGAAUUGUUUAGAGGCUUUCUUUAUUUUUCUUUUUACCAGGAUGUUUGGUAGGCAACAAUUUUUUUUAACAUGUUACUAAAACGCUCUCACUUUCAUGAUAACAGGGGCACUUACACACCUACAGAUUCUGUGAUAAUGUGUGGACCUUCAUUGUUCAAGAUGCCAUUUUCAAGUACGACGAAACCCAGGAGAAUGUUGGUCAAGUUAAAAUAGUGGCAUGUGACUCCAAGCUGCUUACACAGUGAUGCAUGCUUAGCAUUUCACGACUAGUUGCUGAAAAAAGAUGGUAGUGAUUAAAAGUGUAGAAAAAGGGUAUGAUAAAAGGGGGGGAGGAGCUCUGUUGUUGUACCUGUUAGAACCUGGCACAGAUCAGAAAUUCAAAUAAUCCCAUCAGUCCUUACACGUGUAAUUCUUCAUCAUUCUGUGUGAAUUGUUGUUCCUGUUUUAUGUUGUAUUUGGUGUAAUAGGAUGGAGUAGAAGAAAUGUAAUGCUGGUCCCUCUGGGCUAUGAACCCCUUGGAUCUUGUUUUAGUACAAGUUCCUUUUAUUUAUGCAAUCCUUUUGGUUCACCGAACCUUGUUUAAAACCAUUGAUGUGCUGCAAUGCUAUUGGUUCAUAUUGCAGCUCUCUUUCUCAUUAGUGUUAGAAAGAUGGUUACAAAGCAUGGUCAUAAACAAGUGGGACCCACAAAAUCCAAUGAGAAAUAAAAUACAAUGAACAUAAAUAUUUUAAAUUUGGAUAUCUAAGAUAUUCCUCUCCUCCAGUCAUGGAGAAGGCGAUUCUUUGCCUAAAAUUGAGUCAUUCAGGAAUACUUUCACCUUCAUUCUGCCUUGUAACAUACUUCAGCCUGCAGUUUUAUCAGAUUCUCAGAUGUUCAAAGAUCAAGUUUGCGUAUUCCACCACCUACAGCCCACUAUGGCAUCCUUCAACUCUGCCAAAAGCACUCGGUUUAAAAUUUUUGAACUUGCAGAUGGAAUGGUACUCCAGAAAAUGGUUUAUCCCCUCUUCUUAUCCUUCUGGGACAACAAUUCAUAAGAAGACUGCAUUGCGUACUCCAUUCAUAAAGGAUGGAGAUGCAUAUGUUGUUGUCAUUGAGCUAAGAGACCCUAAGAUACAUGCAAUUGAAUUUUUUCUGAAAGAAACCCGACAUGAUAAAAGGUUGAAGAUGAAUGGAGCAAACUUCUGCAUAAAGCUACAUGAAGAAAUUGUUGUUGAACAUGAUGCUGCUGGAAAUGCUAAAUGCUUACUCAAUGAAAUGCCUCAUAAAGGGGAGGUUGAGAAGCUAUUGAAACACAGCUCCACUUUCUUCCCGAAACCCUCUACCUCUUCCUCCAUUUGGCAAGGUCUUUCCCGAAAGAACAAUACUUUCAGCAAUAUGUAUGCUAUGUCACUUGAAGAAGCCCAUAAUGAUAUGAAUAUUGUAAUACAGGUUGGUGAAAAGUCAUACAGGAUUAGAUUCUUGAGUAAACAGGUACCAGCAUGGAUAAGAUUUCCAGCAUCAAUUGUCAUACCUUUUGGAGUCUUUGAAAAGGUUCUAUCAGAAGACAUAAAUAAGGAAGUAGCGAAGAAAAUGGCUUCCCUUCAUGAACAUACAAAUACGGGAGACGUUUUGAAGCUCAAGACAAUCCAAGAAACUGUUUUGCAAAUGAAAGCUCCUCGUAAAAUGAGCAUUGAGGUGAGAAAGAAAAUGAAGAGUUCUAGAAUACCAUGGCCUCGAGGUCUUGGGGAAGAUACAUGGGACCGAGUUUGGCAAGCAAUCAAGGAGGUUUGGGCUUCUAAAUGGAAUGAAGGAGCAUAUAUCCCAAACAUGAAUCAUGAUAAACGAGGCACCGGUAUUUUGAUUCAAGAACAUGUUCGACCUGAUUAUGCCUUUGUGACAUACACAAAUCAUCCCGUGUCUCAUGAUUCCUCACAGAUAUACACAGAGAUUGUCAAGGGGUCGAUUGAGAGUUUAAUCGGUGCUUCUCCAGGGCGUGCCAUGAGUUCGAUUACUAAGAAAUCUGAUCUUAAAUCACCUAUUGUUACUUGUUACCCAAGCAAAUCUAUUGGAUUAUACACGAAGAACAAGAGAUCCAUCAUAUUUAGGCCUGAUUUUGUAUAUGAGAACACAAAUGAAUAUACGGGUGGUGGUACAUAUAACAGCGUGUUAAUGGAUUACAAGAAGGAAGUUGUUUUGGAUUAUUCAAGAGACCCGAUGGUAGUUGAUCCGCAUUUUCAAGCGUUGAUUCACUCAAAAAUUGCGAAAGCGGCAAAGAUUAUAGAAGAUGCGUACGGAUGUGCCCAAGACAUUGAAGGAGUGGUGCAAGAUGGAGAACUCUAUGUGCUUCAAUGUAAGUCUUUAAAACUAUAAAAUGUAACGUUAAUCCUUACAAAAAUAUUAUUACUUAUUGAUUUUAGUAUACAGUACAGGAUUCCUUCUUCGUUAUUAUUGAUGGGUAUUUUGGAUAUUUAAAUAAGAGUAAAUGAUAUUUUUGAUCCCUGAUGUUUGUCACUAUCGACGGAAUUGGUCCCUGCAUUUUCUAUUAGAGAUUUGUCCCUCAUGAUUUGCAUUUUUUUUCUUGGAUUUUGGUUACUCCUAGUGAUGAGCAUGUUAUCUUGUUAU